ACGAGAUUGAAGAGUCUAGGGUUGUGUUAGGGUUUCGCUCGUAUAUAAAAAAAGCUUAUUCAACACAAAUUCUCUCUCCUAUACAUUCGUGUAUACUGUAUAUAUAUAUACACAUAUAUAUACACACAGACACCGCCAUUAGCCACUUGGUCCACUGAUACUAUCUCUCUUAUUCCUAUAGGGAUCAUCAUCGAGGUUCAGCUAUGGCGGAGGAGAGGUCUACUGGUACGGUCCGUUGGUUCAACGAUUCGAAGGGUUUCGGUUUCAUCAAGCCCGAUGACGGUGGCGAAGAUCUGUUCGUUCAUCAAUCUUCGAUCAAAUCCGAUGGUUUCCGAAGCUUAUCUGAGAACGAAGCUGUUGAGUUUCAAGUUGUUCUCGCUGAAGAUGGGAAAACUAAGGCCGUUGAUGUGACCGGUCCUGAUGGAUCGUCUUUGCAGGGUAACAAGAAGGAGAGUUUCGGCGGUGGUGGUCGUAGAGGUGGCCGUGGAGGUGGUGGUCCAGGUUUUGGUGGUGGUUGGAGAGGUGGAGAUCGUCGUAACGGUGGUGGUGGUGGAGGAGGUUGUUAUAAUUGCGGCGAUACUGGUCAUAUGGCUAGGGAUUGCGAUCGCGGCAAUAACGGUGGUGGAAGCGGUGGAGGCGGAGGCGGUUGUUAUCAAUGUGGUGAAUUCGGUCACAUGGCGAGAAGCUGUCCUAAAGCGAAUGAAGGCGGUGGUGGUGGUGGAGGAGGAGGAAGCGGCGGAGCUUGUUACAAUUGUGGCGAUUUUGGCCAUAUUGCUAGGGAUUGUAAUAGCGCUAGCGGUGGCGGCCGUGGUGGUGGCGGAGGUGGAGGUUCUGGUGCUUGCUAUAACUGUGGAGAAGUCGGUCAUUUGGCUAGGGAUUGCAGCAGUGCUAGCGGUGGCCGUGGAGGCGGUGGUGGGGGAAGGUUUGGUAGCGGUGAUGCUGGCGGCGGCGGCGGCGGUUGUUACAGCUGUGGAAAACCUGGGCAUUUCGCAAGGGAGUGCACUGAGGCAGCUUAAUUUCUCACAAUGAAGAAGAAAAGGAAACACAGAAGAAAGAAAGAAGAGAGUAAUUAGUAAAUAUUCUCCUCCUUUCUAUUUUCCAAUUUUAUCUUUUGGUUUUUAUUUUGUUCAUUCUAAGCUGUGGUGGGUUUAUACAUAGGAAGAUGUUUUUUUCUUUCUUAAUGGGGUUUUGAUUUUUGAGUUGUUUCUAAGGAUGAUGAUAUAUGAUGAUGAUGGUGAUGUUGAUGAUGAUGCUUUGCUUUAGUUGUGGAGCAAAAUUUUCCAGAUUUUCAUACACACAAUAUGUGUUUGGCUAAACAAUUCUAAUGUUAGCUUUCUUUCUCUGUGUUUAAUCA